AUGAACAAUAUUAUUGAUCAUAGUAGUAGUCGCCACCGGCUAUGGGCAAUUUGGUCAACGUUCUUCACCAUAUUCUGUGGCUUAUGCUGUUUGGGGACUGUAGCAGCAGUAAUUGUUUUGGCUCUUAUUCCGAUCUAUCUAUCACAAAAAGGAAACGAUAUUGUAACUGAUACAAGCUCGUCAGCAUUCGCAUUAACUUAUGGCACAUCAACGAUGGGCAUUUCAUCUUUCGAAGUGCGUGACUUGAAUGCACUAAGUACAGAGUUGAAUAAAGCGUUUGGUACCAGCGAGAUUCAAGUAGUAGUUGCGAAGUAUGACUCUUCAUCAAGUGGAAAAAAGAAAAAACGACAAGCUCAACAAUGCGAACAAAAUACGAACGUAAUUGGAGAUUUUGUCAUGAUUCAGUUUUCGCUGGACUUUUCAAAAGUAUGCAAGACGUCAAAAUGUCAUCAAGACCUUAUCAAUAAAGUUCAGUUGCAAAUCCGAAACUCUCCAGCAAUUACUAUUCCAAUGACAUUGGCGAACGGCACUACCAUCAAUACAUCGCUACAUUUUUGUUCAUUAACACAAAUCACUUCUCAAGUUUCUUUCUGCUCCAUCCUGACAGUUUGCAACUCGACUGGCGGCGGAGGCACGUGUGAAGCAAAUGGUGGCGAUGUCACAAAUUAUAAAUGUACAGGGUGUAAUUAUGGCGGUAAUGUAAUGAACGCACCCUGUCCAAGUACACCGUGUGCAUCUGUCAACUGUAAUGCAGCUGCUGGUGGCGGCGCUUGUCAGGCAAUUGGCGGUGGAAGUGCAAAUUACAAAUGCACAGGCUGUAGCUAUGGUGGAGAUGUAACGAAUGGAUCUUGUCCUGGUAAACCAUGUGCAUCUGUCAACUGUAAUGCAGCUGCUGGUGGCGGCGCUUGUCAGGCAAUUGGCGGCGGAAGUGUAAAUUAUAAAUGUACAGGUUGCAACUACGGUGGAGAUGUAACGAACGGACCCUGUCCAAGUAUACCAUGUGCAUCUGUCAAUUGUAAUUCAGCUGCUGGUGGCGGCGCUUGUCAGGCAGUUGGCGGUGGAAGCGCAGAUUACAAAUGCACAGGCUGUAACUACGGUGGAGAUGUAACGAACGGACCCUGUCCAGGUACACCGUGUGCAUCUGUCAAUUGUAAUUCAGCUGCUGGUGGCGGUGUUUGUCAGGCAGUUGGCGGUGGAAGCGCAGAUUACAAAUGCACAGGUUGUAGCUAUGGUGGAGAUGUAACGACUGGAUCUUGUCCAGGGACACCGUGUGCAUCUGUCAAUUGUAAUUCAGCUGCUGGUGGAGGCGCUUGUCAGGCAGUUGGCGGUGGAAGCGCAGAUUACAAAUGCACAGGUUGUAGCUAUGGUGGAGAUGUAACGACCGGAUCUUGUCCAGGUACACCGUGUGCAUCUGUCAAUUGUAAUUCAGCUGCUGGUGGCGGUGCUUGUCAGGCAGUUGGCGGUGGAAGCGCAGAUUAUAAAUGUACAGGUUGUAGCUAUGGUGGAGAUGUAACGAAUGGAUCUUGUCCAAGUACACCAUGUGCAUCUGUCAAUUGUAAUUCGACCGGAGGUGAAGGCUUGUGCGUUGCGGGUGGUGGCGGAACGGCAGAUUUCAAAUGUAUGAAUUGUAGUGAUGGGACGAUAGCAUCCAAUCAAUCAUGUCCAGCGCCGAUCCCGCCAGUUACUCUCUUAGUGGCACAUACUGAUAUAGUGGAUGUAAAAAGUAAUUACACCUGCCUCGUGACGAUAUUCAAUUUAACAGCUACGGAUAAUUCCACAGUUAAUAAUGUUUGCGCACUUAAUCAUUUGAAUGUCGAAGCCAAUGGGAAUGCAAGCGUCACUUCGACAUCAUCAUCCUGCCCAAAAGUAACCGAUAUCCAUUCCGCAGGAACAGCAAAUGUUAAUGAGGUAUGCGCAAUAAAUUCUAUGGAUAUAAACGCAAACGAUGGAUCGGUCGUAUCCAUUAGUAAAACAGCAACAUGUCCUCAGGUGAUUACUAUUACAGCUAAUAACGCGUCUGAAAUUGAUAACAUUUGUGCUAUUAACCAAAUGAAUGUAGUAGUACAUCAAGCUGAUGGUAUCACAUUUAACUCAGCAUCAUCCUGUGCGAAAAAUAGUAGUUUUGAUAUGGCAUUCAUCGGUCCCGUCUCUAAUCUUUGCGCCAGUGAACAAAUGACUAUUAAAUCGAUUGACACUGAUAGUAUCUCCAUUGAUUCAGUAACUGCAUGUCCGAAACAGGUUACUCUUUCGUCAGAAAGAACGACGAGUGUUACAAAUCUUUGUUCAAGCCAACAAUUGAGUAUCACAUCAAAAAACAUGGGACCCAUUUCUCUCAAUUCAGCAAAUGUAUGCCCCGAACAGGCUGUUGUUAGUGUCCAAAAUAUGCAGGGUAUUACGAAUCUCUGUGCAAGUCAACAAAUCAACAUUACAGCAAGUAGCAUGGGCUCAAUUUCUAUAAAUUCAGUGACUGCAUGUCCACAACUAGCUGUUGUUACUACCCAAAAUAUGGGAGGAAUCACGAAUCUCUGUGCAAGUCAACAAAUGAUUAUAACAGCAAAUAGCAUGAGCCCAAUUUCUGUUAAUUCCGUGAAUGAAUGUCCAGUGCAGGCUGUUGUUACUACCCAAAAUAUGGGAGGAAUCACGGAUCUCUGUGCAAGUCAACAAAUGACUAUAACAGCAAAUAGCAUGGGCUCAAUUUCUGUUAAUUCCGUGAAUGAAUGUCCAGUGCAGGCUGUUGUUAAUGCUCAAAAUAUGGGAGGAAUCACGAAUCUCUGUGCAAGUCAACAAAUGACUAUAACAGCAAGUUCCAUGAGUCCAAUUUCUAUCAAUUCAGCAAAUGUGUGUCCACAACAGGCUGUUGUCAGUGUCCAAAAUAUGGCUGGAAUCACGAAUCUCUGUGCAAGUCAACAAAUCAAUAUUACAGCAAGUAGUAUGGGCUCAAUUUCUAUCAAUUCAGUGACUGCAUGUCCACAACUAGCUGUUGUUACUGUCCACAAUAUGCAAGGUAUUACGAAUCUCUGUGCAAGUCAACAAAUGACUAUAACAGCAAGUUCCAUGAAUCCAAUUUCUAUCGAUUCAUCAACUGUAUGUCCACAGCAGGCUGUUGUCAACGUCCAAAGUAUGUCUGGACUCACGAAUCUCUGUGCGAGUCAACAAAUGAGUGUUACAGCCAGCUACACAGAUCAAAUUUCUAUUAAUUCAGCAAAUGUAUGCCCACAACAGGUUGUGAUCGAUGCUCAGUAUGCAGGUGGAUUUACCAAUCUCUGUGCGAGUCAAAGCAUCAAUAUGACAUCACAGGGAACUAGGGAGCAUUCUAUGAAUACGUCUUGGCCAUGUCCAAUGUCAGCUUUUCUUAGCAUUACACAAAAUGGUACAAUGACAGGCAUUUGUGCAAAUACCUCACUGAUCAUUAGUGGUUCUGAGUCGAUUGUUAAUGCUAGUACAACCCAAUGUGCCGCAUCUGUCACUAUCACGAGUACUAGUGGAUUGACUGUCAACAAUCUUUGCGCGACCGGUCAAAUAGAAAUCAACGUUGUAAAUUCUACGGUGACUAUGGCGAAAUCCACAUGUCCAACAAUUGCCAAUGUUGUAGCUGAUAUUUCAUCGGUAGUGUAUGUUUGUGCAACGACGGCCAUCAACGCACUUGUUUCGAAUAGUGCGAAAUUAUAUUAUCAAGGGCCACUGAAUCAUACACAGACGAGCAAUGGUGGUCAAAUAUUGGCAUGGCCAUGA